AUGUUUUCUAUUUUCUCUGGAUUCUUGUUGCUUGCCCAUUGCUUAGUUUACACAAAUGCUAAAUGGGCAGUUGACGUUGAUUCAUCAAUCAUACAAGAAAUCAACGAAAACCCAACUAUUGGAUAUCUAAUAAAAUUUCAUGCUCCAUGGUGUGGCCAUUGUAAACAUUUUGAACCUGUUUAUGAAGAAAUCGCUCGAGAAGUCAGCGAGUUAUCGGCAACCGAUGAUGAUUUGAAAGAUAUUCGUAUUGUUCGUAUUGAUGCAACUGUGUACUCAGAUGCGGCGAAUUACUACGAUAUACGUGGUUUUCCAACAGUGAAAUUCAUUCGUGGAAAUCAGAUAUUUUCUUACGAAAAUGCGCGAACCAAAGCUGCGAUUUUGAACUUUCUAAGACGAGUCAACGGACCCGCCCUACGGUGGGUAUCAACUACUGAACAAUUCGAUGACCUCCGUCAUGAACAUGAAGUUUUCUUCUUGCUCGUCACAAAAGCUGAGCAAGAUGAGCCAUUGAUCAAAGAAUAUAGUGAUCUUGUUAAUCGAUAUUUAAGUCAAGCAUACUUCUAUGCAACAAAUGCAUCUGCUAUUCAUCAGACAUACUUUUCCAAGUAUCAACUCGCUGAUCAACCGCACAUAUUCGCAAUUAAAAACGAAGAAAUUUUUCUUUAUGAACCUGGUCACUACAACAAUAGUUUAGAAGAAUUUCUGAUGAAGGAAAAGGUCGCGACAUUCCCACAAAUAGCCGCUGGUAAUAUAUAUGAUUUGAUAUUAACUAAACGCAUUCUUGUUAUCUAUGGAUUCAACGAACAACAAGAAAAUUUUCGGCAACUACAAAAGAUUAAUGAAAUCAAAACUCAAAUUCAUGAUUAUGUCAUGAAAUACUCGUCCUCACUGCAUGACACAUUUCAAUUUGCAUGGACAAACGAUUUGGAACUUCUCAGCAAUAUUGCAAUAUGGACAGUAGAAGAGCCACUUUUGUUUCUGUAUGACAGUAACGAACGUAAAUAUGGCAUUUAUCCAUUAGCAUUCACCUUAAAUGAAAACAUUGACAUGAAACCGAUUUUAAAUUAUAUUACUUCGAAUUAUUCUCAAAUUAUUCAACAUGCGGGCAACACAUGGUCAAAACGUUUACUGCGUCCAUUUUGGGAAUUGUAUCGUACGGUUAUUGGAAUGUUUAUCGAAGCACCGAUGAUUUCCAUGCUUGUCAUGGGUCUUCCGGCUUCUGUCUUAUCCAUUGUUUGCUAUUGCAUUUGUUGUUUACCAAAUGAAACUAUAAUGGACGAUAAUAUGGAAGAAGAAUAUGAGACACAAAUAGCUUCAAAGUCUGAUGAUAUUGAAAAAUCUGGAGACGAGAAGAAAGAUGACUGA